AUGUUUCUAUCAUGGUGGAUAACUCUCCUUUUGGUUUCAACAACCAGUAGCCAACAAGUUGGUACUAACUGCACGGAUCCUCGCAUUCGUCGAUCGUGGGAUACGUACAAUGCAACCGAAAAAGCUUUGUAUCUCGAAGCUGUCGGUAGCGCCAUGGACAAGGGAUUUCAUCAAAAGUUCAUUCAAGUUCAUACUGAAUUUCUUUCUGAGAAAGAGGCCCAUGGAAACUGCAUGUUUAUCUACUGGCAUCGCAUGUUGUUGUUGGGAUACGAAAACAUGCUUCGCAGUUUAAAUUCGAAAUAUCGAUGUCUUACACUUCCGUACUGGGAUCAUGUAUCAGCUAGGGCACGUCGAGCUACUGGAAGUUGUACCAAUCUCCUCACUUGUACUCCUUUCCUCUCUGAUUCUAGCGGUGACAUGUCUGGUACUAGCAAGAGUUUGAUCAUCUAUGAUUCGGUCAUACCCCUCAGUUCAUCUACUUGCAUGAAUCGCUUUCCACUCUCGCAAUUCUGCGGAAACAAUACUGUUUGUGCGAAAUGUAUCACUCGAAAAACAAGAAAUGCCAUGACAAAUACCGCGUAUCCUGAUUCAGCUUCGUUUGCUUCAGUAUACCAGCAACUCUUUUCUUCAAACGAUUCAUCUGUAUUUACCUCCCAAGUCGAACGUGGAGUACACAAUACAAUUCACAGCGCUCUUGGUGGUGUCAUGGCGUAUUUUGAGUCACCAGCUGAUCCAAUCUUCUACCUUCACCAUGCACUUAUUGACUUGUUACAAAUCAUCUACUUUAAGUGUCAAGUAGGAGGUGAGAAUGUCAUUCUUCCAAUUGAAGCCAAGGGAAACGACACGCGUUGGUUUCGAAGAUGCGCCAAAAGAUCUUCAGGAACUUACACAACAACAACAAACAUCACAAUUCGAGGACUGGCAUUUGAUGGAAAGACGGUCGUGAAUGUAUGGGAAGAUCCUCAAAAUAUUCUUUACCCAUUUUUUAAAGACUUGCCGUCCAGGUACGUUGAUUACGUUGAUGCCAAAGAUCUUGGAAAUUAUAGCUACACGUACGCAAUGAGUGGUGGACUCGCUACAUUCUAUCAAAAGUGUUGGACAUCAAAUCAAGUCUCUGCAGUUACGACGUUGUUAGCCGAUGAACGUCAGAAUAGAGGACGUGGAAAAAUGAAACAACUUGAACCAGUCCUCGAGCCAGGAAGUGCGUACGAUGAAAAGGUCAAGCGUUUGAACAUUGCUUUGUAUGAAACAGCACGAAUUGUUGGUUACGAAGAAACUGCAGCCAAUGAACAAAUGGAAAUGGUCAUGUGUCAAUACCAACAAGAUUGUCUUGGAGGCGUUCUUGACUAUUCGGACAUCUUUCGAGCGAACUUUGGUGUUGAAGGACAUCCUCGUUGUUACACGAUUCUGCAAUAUUUGAACUCCGGCGAUAAAGUCAUUGGAAUUCCACAAUGGAAGUUUAUUACUAGUCGCUUUUUACCCUGUGCUGCUUAUCAGAAGAAGGAAAAUCCGUUGUCGAAUUUUGGGAAGGCAGUGGGUAAAAUGAUGCAGGAUCUUGGUCGUGGAGAAGGACAGGAUCAGAUAGCUUUGCAUUAG